AAAGCCAAACAAACCCAAGUUCCGUGGAGCUAGCGACAGUAAAUCUGUUUGUUGUGAGUGGCUUAUACUUAGGUAUUUAGUACGGAAAAGUGUGCUCAGGUAUAUCUAAACCUAUAUCUCACGGAGGAGGUUGCAAUUAAAAAAAAAAAACUCAGUAUGUAAACGUUAUCCUUAAUCUUAACUGGAAGGCAACACGCAGCAGGGUUCGACUUUGCGCUGCCUCCGUUUGAAACAUUAAGGCUUAAUUUAAACUGAGAAAGACUGAACACAAACAAUAUGCCUCCCAAAAGAAAAUCCUACUCUGCAGAUUACAAACUGCAGGUAGUAAAAUAUGCAGCAGAAAACGGUAAUCGAGCAGCAGAAAGAAAGUUUGGAGUGAGUGAGAAAGUUGUGAGGGACUGGCGAAAAGUAGAGGUUACUCUUACUGCAAUGAGGAAAACAAAGAAAGCUAAUCGCGGGCUGAAAGCGAGAUGGCCAGAGCUGGAGGAACGAGUCCUCAAAUGGGUGCAUCAACAACGUGCUGCCGGGAGAGCCUGGUCAACGGUCGAGUUACGUCUCCACGCGCUGGUCGUCGCCCAGGAGUUGAACAUACAUGACUUUGCAGGUGGGCCUUCUUGGUGCAACCGCUUCAAGCAACGCAACCGUCAAUCUAUCAGAAUCAGACCACGCCGGACAACGUUGUGUCAGAAACUUCCCGCAGACAAUGCCAAGGACGACAGUUUCCGUGAGUUUGUUGAAAAGCAGAUGAACGAGGUUCGUCAGCAUAUGGACUUGAAUCACAAGCAAGCCUGCAUCGACCUGGAGAAGGCCACCCAAUGCAUCAUACAAGCAUUUCAGCAUGAAGUAGAUCAGAACCAGGAGCUCUGCAUGUUGAUUCGUCGUCUGGAAGAGAAGGAGGCGGAGAUUGGGCGGAGUCUGACAGAGCAGGUGGAGGCAAACAAGCAGCUGAAGCUGAAGAUCGAUGAACUGCAGAAACACCUGGAGGAGAAGAACAACUCACUGACACAGGCCAACCAGCAAAUCAAGAGUCCCAGCUCUCCUGUCCAAUCAGAUCAGCUGAUGGCAGCUGAUGAGCCACUGGUCUGGUCAGAACAAAUGAUCUCGCCUGAAGUCCAGAGCGUACUGGCGUCGUCUGAUGGUCAGAUUCCGCCAGUCUCGUCUGAUGGUCAGAUUCUGCUGAUCUCGUCUGAUGGUCAGACCCAUGCGGAAGCCCCAGUGUCCGGGAUUAAAGAAGAAAAUGCUGUUCAUGGAUAUGAGGAGUGCAGUCAGUAUGAGACCAGAUUGGAGUAUAUUGUCACUUCCGCUGCUGACAUUAAACUUGAACAGAUCCAGACUCCGCUGGUCUCGUCUGACGGUCAGAGGCUGCUAGAGGCUCCAGUCUCUGAAGAUGAAGAUGAUAAAGAUGAAGAUGGUGACGAUGAUGAGUAUGAAGAGUACAGUCAUCCAGAUGUAACAUUAACUAAAGUGGAUGUGAUGAUUAUCAAGGUAAAAUACCAGGACAUAAAAAAAUAUAUCAAGAUAUGUGAGCCAUGCUUGGAUAUGUUCAUGACUGAAGUCCGGGUGAAGUUCUCCAUAAAUGAAGACAAAACCUUGAUAGUGACUGAUGAUGGAGGAAUGGAAGUGGAUGCUGAUGUGUUUCCAGAGCUGGUUACCAAGGACAUGUGCUUAGUCAUCCAUGAUUCUGAUGAAGAGUCGCCUGUCCCUGAGUUUUCAUCUAGCCUCACGGACACAUGUUCGUUGCCAAGUAGUCAGGAUAGUGGGACUACCCUUAGCUUGUGCAAAAGAGCAUGCUUGGAGGAAGACGUGUUGCAGUGUGUUCCAGCCAGAGAGCUUGUUAAGAAGGUUCUGCUUUCGAGAAACCUGGUGGAGCGGCAAUCAUGAAAGAGUAUGAGGACACUGGGAGUUUGUGUGACAGUUCGAGGCGACAGAUGGUCAACAUUUUAGCGGCACACAUGACAGAAACUGAAGGGAGAAUUCCACAAAGGCUGACUAAGGAAAAAUAUGCCCUUGGUGUCAUCACCUUGUUCCCAUACCUGAAAGACCCAUUCUCUAAAAAAGGCU